AUGAUUGCCGUCGCCAGCGCCCAGGUGGUAUCCUUCCGUCAUCAACUUCAGCUAGCGACGCUGGAAUUUUGGAGAGCCGAUAUGCAUCACGUUCUUGACGGAUCUCAGCAACUAUGUGUGGGGACUAGCGGAGCUAGUUUCCCGUCGAAAGCUGCCCAUUCCAGCCACGGAAAAGCUUCUACAGAUGAAAAGCGCCGUGUGCUGCAACAGUGGCUGUAUGAGAGCCAGUGCGAAGAUGCACUAUCGUCAUCGCAGAUGAAAUCUCAGGAACGGUGUCUUGAAAUGGCUGUCAAGGAACUUGAAGCCUUGCGAACUGUUGGCAUUUGCCGUCGUCAGACUGACAAAAAGCAUAACUGCGGCGAAACCUGGGGCAACUCCUUGCUUGACGUUCAGUGGGCAUGCCAGUGUGCGAUGUUGAGACAUCAGCAGUUGUUUCUACAAGCACGCCAGAGAGUAAUUGCACAGGGGAGAGAACUACACGAUCUGUGCCCCUGGGUCCAGGAUCAAACAGAAUCGCAUGAAAACCGGGAACUUUGGAUAGAAGACUUCCGAAGCGCUGUUGCUCUAGCGGACAAGACCCCAAAAGGGCAACAGCGGUCGUUGAAUUAUCUGGCAUCUGUACUGGCGAGGGAACCUCGAGAAGGCCGCUAUCAUUGUAUUGCAGCGCCUGAGCUAGAGCAAGCCUUCAUGUCCUGCAUUGUUAGUGGCCAUUUCACUGAGGCCACACUCCUCGGUGAAGAGCUACUAAGCAGCGUUUUUGGGAACGGACACUUAGACCAGCUGGAUCGAGGUUUCUCUACUAUAGUCACUUUGCAGGCAGCACAAGUUGCUCAGGCUUCAAAACUGCUGCAGCUGCAAUUUACGUGCCCAUAUAUGGCCGAAAGCGUUGUCACAGAAGAGCUUCGGAUUUUGGAAGAGUCCUGGAGAGAAGCAGGAGCCGUGCCUCAAACCCAAGCUAUCAGAAGGAUGCUUGACUCUCGCAUCGGCUUCAUGCAGAUGGCAACCCUUGCCGAUUUAACACCUUCAACAAUUCUAGAUUCUUGGCUACCGCGUAACCUUUGCGUAGCUUGUCUCCACUGUGCAAGAGGUUUCGUCUUCUUUGCCGUGGCUUGCCCGCCGGCUCAGUCAGAGGGGUCUCUUGGUACAUGGCGCUUCUUUUUGCAGCGGCGUGCACUCCCAGAGUGCUUGUUGCUCAAACCCGAGAAUGCAUCAGUAAUGCAGGAUACACGUGGAAACAUUGAUGCUCCCAAAACUACGUUUUCAUCUUAUCCUGACCAGGUUGAUGCUAUCGUGGAGGAUCUCUUCGAUGCACUGGAUGCACAGUUGCUGUGUUGGUCCUUGGCAGCAAUGCUUAACCAAGGGCAAUCACCUACCCUCGGCGAGUCAAGAAGCCAUCUGCUACUACUUCCAGACAUUCGGUUGUCGCAUUUCCCUUUUGAGCGUUUGCCAACCUUGAAGAGGCUCUUUGGGCACCGCGUAACGAGAGAUUUCAGCUUGCACAUGUUCGCCCGACGGAUGCAACAUCAUGAGUCACUCUCUGUUGCAUCACAGGCGAAAAAGACAGUGGCUGAAAUGCAUACUGGUUUUGCCCGGGAGUCAUUGGUAUUGCUGCCAGAGUCUACAGCGUAUCCGAACCUUCAAAACAUGGCAGAGAAUCAGCAUCCGCCUGGGACAGAAGAAGCUCAGUUGGACAUGCCAUUCGCUGACGGCGAACCUCCAACAGCUACAGACGUCGAAUGCACUAACGGGUUACUACCUAAUACAGUUAUUCCACCUCUUCAUACACCACAAAGCUCUUCCAACCGUGAUUGGCGUCUUCCUGUCGUGGCGGAGCUAGCAGCAUUCAAGAAGUCUGCAUCUGCAGAUGCAAGCCCUGCACUUCCGCCGUGCACCAGCUUUGUUCCCGAAUUGCUUUGCUCUAAAUCACCCCAGGUAGCCUGGAUUCCGUCGCUGGAACAAAUUGCGAUAAAUUGUGACGACCUGAAUCGUGUGCUUGCUGGGAUGAAUUUGACGCAUAUUUCUCUACUUGGCCUGGUACCGAUGAGACGAGUACAGCCACAACCCGAAAACGGUGCGCACGUCGGCCGCUGUUCAGAAUAUACCCUUUACUGUCACGAACAGAAAGUACUGGGACUUUCCAAGGAAAUUGAGACUAUUCUCAUGCUCAGUGUCAGAGGGAUUCACUAUCCACUUCAUCCGUGGAAGGGGGGAAAGCGCGCUUCUGCACAAAACGGCAAGUACAACACAAAACUGAACAAGCGGAGCACGAGCGUUUCGCCCCUGCCGAGUUUCCGGAGUACAGGCUAG